AUGAAGGGUCUGGAGACGAUUUAUGAAGGCGACGAGGGGGACGAGGCUCUCACGCAGGAACGAGACACGAAAAGAGGGUACGGACGAGAGGGGGAGGUUAAGAGAGGGGACGAACGAGAGGGUAUCGGAGGGGGAAGCAACGGGAGGUCGCAGAGUCAAGAGGCGGCGAGGGAUGGCGGCGAGGGAGGAGGAAAGAGGCGCUACUAUCGCGCCGCAGAAAGCGGCGGGAAUCGUGGGAGAGACGGGGACGGGAAGGCGGACGAGGAGGAGAGAGAGGAGGAGGAUGAUUACGAGGAGUAUAUCCCCGUUAAGAAACGACGCCUUAUGAAGCAGCAACGGCUGUUAGCCGCGCGAGCGGCCGCGCGCGGUAUAGCACUGGGCGCAAAGGGCGGCGGAACCGGGGGAAGCGGCGACGGGGAAGGAGCCGGCGGCGGGGAGGACGGCGCCGGAGCUGGGCCGGAGGCUCGGCCGAGCCUGUUGGUGAAGGCGACGAUGCUGAAGAAGGACGUGCCGGAGCUGAGCCACACGGAGCAGGUGCUGGCGGAGGAGAAGGAGAUGUUCGAACGCCUCAGCGACCGCAAGACGCUCAUGAGCGUGAAAGAGCUCGCCAAGGGCAUCCAGGUGCGUGGAGGGGGGGUUGAUACGGGCAUCCAGUACACCGAGCCUCUGUGGACGGGUUGGAAGCCGCCGAGCCACAUCCGAGGCAUGAGCGAGGAGGAGCGGGCGGAGAUCCGCAAGGCGUGGCACAUCCUGGUGGACGGCGAGGGCGUGCCGCCGCCCAUCAAGAGCUUCAAAGACAUGCGCCUGCCCGAGCCCUGCCUGCGCGUGCUCAAGAAGAAAGGCAUCCUGCGCCCCACGCCCAUCCAGGUGCAGGGCAUGCCAGCGGUGCUGGAGGGGAGGGACAUCAUCGGCAUUGCUUUCACUGGAUCAGGGAAAACACUCGUCUUUGCGCUGCCCAUGGUGCUCAAUGCACUGCAGGAGGAGGUGCGAAUGCCGCUGGUGGCAGGGGAGGGCCCCACAGGGCUCAUCGUGUGCCCCUCCAGAGAGCUCGCCCGGCAGACGUACGAUGUGGUGAACGAGUUUGCUGAUGCUCUCAGGAACGACCGCAGAGAGCGGUGA